AUGAAGCCGGGCACCCUCAAGUCCCGGCGAGGAGGCAUUGAGGAGGAGGCUUCUGGCUCUGGCGGCGGCGGGGAGUACAGCUUCCCGCUGGCCCCGGCGCGCAGAGAGUACUGCUGGUCGUCGGGGCUGCUCAAGGCCGUGGUGGCGCUGGUGAUCCUGAUGGGCGGCGUCAUCAUCGGGCUGGCGGCCAGCAGCGCCAACUACUACAGCAGCACCAGCACCAGCACCAGCGUGUGGGGAGGCGGCGGCGGCGGCGGCGGCGGCUUGAAGAUGAGCCCGCGGGCACAAGGAUUACUGCUGGAUUUCCGCGGGUUCGUGGACCCCGGGCCUCCGUGGGGCCACUCGAUGUCGGACCCGGAGCUGUUCUGGCGCGCGUCCAUGGUGCCGCGGGCGGAGGAGUACCCGUUCCAGCGCGUGCCCAAGGUGGCGUUCCUGUUCCUGACGCGGGGCCCGCUGCCGUUCGCGCCGCUGUGGGAGCGCUUCUUCCGCGGGCACGAGGGGCUCUUCUCGGUGUACGUGCACGCGCUGCCGGGCUACGCCGGCCGGUACCGGCGGUCGUCGCCGUUCCACGGGCGGCAGAUCCCCAGCCGGGAGGUGUCGUGGGGCUCCAUCACGCUGGUCGACGCGGAGAAGCGGCUGCUGGCCAACGCGCUGUUGGACUGGUCCAACCAGCGCUUCGUGCUCGUGUCCGAGAGCUGCGUGCCCGUCUUCAACUUCCGGACGGUGUACGAGUACCUCGUCAACUCGGCGCACAGCUACGUGGAGUCGUACAACAUCGACGUGCCCCAGUGCGCCGGGCGGUACAACCCGGCGAUGGCGCCGGAGGUGAUGGAGGAGCAGUGGCGCAAGGGCUCCGAGUGGUUCGAGCUCAGCCGGGAGCUCGCCGUCGACGUGGUGGCGGACCAGCGCUACUACGCGCUCUUCCGCCGCCACUGCACGCCGUCGUGCUACCCCGACGAGCACUACAUCCCCACGUACCUGCACCUGCGGCACGGCGCGCGCAACGCCAACCGCACCGUCACCUGGGUCGACUGGUCCCGCGGGGGCCCGCACCCCGCUCGCUUCGGCAGGGCCGCCACCACCGCCGGCUUCGUCGCCGCCAUCCGCAACAACGGCACCCGCUGCCUCUACAACGGCAAGCCCACAACCGUCUGCUACCUCUUCGCCAGGAAGUUCGCGCCCAGCGCGCUGGGGACGCUGCUCAACCUCACCACCACCAUCCUAGACUUCUGACUCAACUGUCAU